AGGUGUAAUCACGUUGCGGUAUCUUUAGCUCUCAGUGAUUCGUAAUUAUCGCGAUUUUACCGGACUGCUUUUCAUCUAAAUAAGAGCAGACACAAGAGAGACAAAUAUUUCUCAUUCGCGUUUUGUUAACACAGCUUUACCGACCAUUUUUCUCGCAGAUAAUACUAGCACCGAACCUUCAUUUCUGAUAGUCAUCGAUUAACCUGUUUGUCCGAGACAAAUUUUUAGAAUUUAUUCAGAAUAGACAUGGCUGAUAUAGAGGAUACCCAUUUUGAAACUGGUGAUGCAGGAGCGUCUGUGACGUAUCCUAUGCAAUGCUCUGCACUGCGAAAGAACGGUUUUGUGAUGUUGAAAUCACGUCCUUGCAAGAUAGUAGAAAUGUCUACAUCUAAGACUGGCAAACACGGUCACGCCAAGGUCCAUUUAGUCGGUAUUGAUAUCUUUACUUCUAAGAAAUAUGAAGAUAUCUGCCCUUCCACACACAAUAUGGAUGUACCGUUUGUUAAGCGAGAAGAUUACCAGCUCACAGAUAUAUCUGACGAUGGUUAUCUUUGCCUGAUGGCCGAUAAUGGGGAACUGCGUGAAGAUCUCAAGAUACCUGAUGGCGAUUUGGGAACACAGCUGCGUGCUGACUUCGAGUCAGGCAAAGAAUUACUUUGCACUGUACUCAAAGCUUGUGGAGAAGAAGUAGUAAUUGCUGUCAAAAACAACACCUCUCUCGACAAAUAAUUGUGUUCAGUCCGAUGACACUACGACAACAAAAUAUCCAAUCUACAUUCGAGCAAAACCACCCGCUUAGCCAAUCAAUCAACAUCUUUAAUAUUGGUCAACAAGGAUAAACAACAAUAAUAACCAAAAAAAGAAAAUUUAGAGGAAGAUGCAGAGAACAAGACGCGUGAAAGAAUGAAGAGAGAAUGUAUGAGAGGGAGAGAGAGAGAGAGAAAGAGAGAGAAUAAAAGAAAAGCAAGCAAAAAUAAACUAAAAUGAGCGGGCUAGCAGUUCCAAUGUUAACAACAGCAACGCGCCGGUGCGAGAAGCGAUUUUUAUUAAAGUAACAUCUUACUUAAUUAUUCAAUAUUUAAAUAAAUAAUAAUCCGGGAAAAAAAGGAGCGAAAACUAAAUAUAUUUACGCUCAGUUACACGUACAUGUACACAUUACUGGCAAGUAGCAUACAACAAUAUACAUAUGAGCAUAGGUAUAUAUAUACAUAUGUGUACGUAUAUACAUCUAUAUAUACCUACCUCAUACACACGUACAUACACAAACUACACACGCGUUGUUUGUUAUACCAGAAAAUGGCGACAACUUCAGCAAAAAGUUGAUUGAAAAAUAAAAACUGAAAAAAGCCUUGACACAUCCUGGACUUUUUUUUUUUAAGAAUAGAGAAAAGAAAUUAUUUACAACAGCUUUGUAACUUAUUACACUUAUGCGUGUGAGUGUGAGAAUGCGAGUGAGAGAGAGAAAGAAAGAGAGAGAGAGAAAGGGAAAGAAAACUUGUUAAAGACCAAUAUAAAGAGAUCGUGAGAUAAGGACUCCCGUAUCCUUACGCGUGCGCGCGGAACAAUUUUUCAUGGGAUGCUAGCGAUGCCCAACACGAAGCAGCUCACUUCAAGCAUCUUUCCUAAAUGAUACUAUUAGAUAAGACUGCGAUUUUCGCUACAGAAUUUAUACAGGAAGCUGAACAAUUGUUUUGUUUUUUUAUUAUUUUUUUUUUUUUUUUUUUUUUAAGUUGUGAAAAGAACUCGAGAGUUCUCGAGAUUUGUAGGUCUAAUGAAAGCACAAAAAAAGAGAAGUUCAAGGAUUUUAGGAUUCAUCUCCCGUCGAAGACUCCGUUCUGUAGCCAAAGUUUUUAGCGUAAAAUUUUGUAGAUCUAAGAAAUUUAUGAAACUAAUGAUAGUUUUGUUUUUUAAAUAUUUGAAGCUUCUCUUUAGAUACGUAACGUAACAGAGAGAAAAAUUUCAAAGAAUAAACAGAAUCUGGACUUGAAAAUUUGUUAGAAUAAAUAUUCUAAUCUUUUAUAUAUACAUAUAUAUAUAGAAAUUUAAAACAUUGGCAAAUCAAAAUUUAAGAAAAAGUUUAUAGAAACACAUAUGUAUACAUCUGUUAUGUACAUGUGUACAUAUAUCGGGAAAUCUGAAAAUCCUUAAAUUCACACAAGGAUACGUGCAACGACUUUAUUAAUUAUAGUAUAUUUCUUAUUAUUUCUUAUAUUAUUCAAAGAUUGAAUUAUUAAAAAAACAAACGCAAGAUAUAUCUCGCGCAAUUUGUAUGAGACAGAGCAUCUCUGCGUGUGUGAUUUCAAAUACAAAGAGUUAAAAAAAAACAAAAAAAAACAAAAAAAGACAAAAAAACAAUAGUCUCAUAGACUUUUUGAGUAUGAGAGUUAUAAGCACGAUUGCGGUAUCAAUGGAUAUUGAAGAUGCGAAGGGAGUGUCAGAGAAUUGAUUUAGACCUUUAAAUUUCCACGAGAACAUCGAGAUCAAAACGAAAUACGAUAAUUAUUACGCGCGCUUUGAUAAUGAUGUAGCGCAAUAAACGAUGUCGCGUCUUGUCCAGAGACUGUAAUUGGCUUAUAUAUAUAUAUGAAUGCUCAGACUUUUAUUACAAUUUUGUUGUAAUAUCUCGUUUUAAUAAACAUUUUUCAGAACAGGUUACACGAGCUGCUUUCACUCAACAAGAUAAACUUGUAAUUAAAAAUAGACGAUGUACCGUGUUUAGAAAACAGAGAUUACGAUAAGUAAAAAACAAAACAAAACAAAAAAAAAAAAAAACAGAAGAAAAACCGCGAGUGUGUGGAAGAUCUUUGUGUGAAACUGUGUACGAAGAAUCUUUCCCUUACAUCCUUUCCAUCUCGUGUCAUCGUUUGUAUAAAAACAAAA